CGCUGACGGUGGAGUGCUGCUGUACUGAUGUGGCCAAGAUAGGGAACGGGCCGGUUUCGGGACGAGAUUGUACAUUUUUGGCGGUUUGAUGAACUUGUGUAUUCGUUGCCAAUGCUGUUUUUUUUCGUUGUGGAGGAGAAAAACAACAAGUGUGACAUACUUACUAGAGGUGUUUUCGAACCAGGAAAAACGCGCGCGUUUUCCAAAUACAUACCAAACACGUUUGUGGGAUUGCGGACGCUUCCUCAGGGCGAAUUUCCGUGAAUCAGCUGUCCCGUGGUUGAUUGAAUGGAGUGAAGUUUUUCAAACUGGACGGGAUUCGAUUCGCAAUCUCUCUGACUGCGAUUGCGGAAGUGCUGUUGAAAUGGAAUCAAUUUAUUAAAAUAAUUGAUACGUUUAAAAUGUGCGGGAAUCGGUGGUGUUGAAAUCGUCGGCCGUUUUAGGCCAAAAUUAGAAAAAAAAAUCAUUGGAGUGCAGCAAUGUGUCGGUGGGAAUAUAAACAGUAGCGACGUAAAGUAGCUUCCCUCCAUAUGUAUGUAGGUACAAACAUACUAGCAAUAUGAACCUGAUUCAAACCGAGUGCGAAAUUCCUCCGGAGCUAUCGUCGUUGAGGCUGCUGCUGUUGCCGGUGCUAGAAAAGAUUCACGUGCUGUCAUCCACGUUUAUUCUUCCCCAACAUCCGGUGCUGAUGAUGCAUGCUCCUUCUUUUGUCUACGACGACGACGAUCAGACUCUGAUGGAUGCUGAUGGUGGGUCAAGUGCAAGUUCAUAUGAUGAGGUCAAUUUUGGUGAAAACAAUAAGCGCAUCCUGCUCGGGUUACUGAGCUGUUUGGAUUAAAAGAGAAAAAAAUGAAGCUUCAACUUUACGACAGUGUGUAAGUAGCAGUGCAUUUGAGCAACAACAAUGGCUGAACGGUGGCGGGCGGCCAUCGCCAAAAUUCGAAAAGGCUUGGCGAUUAAAAAUGCAGAAGACAACGGACCUACGAAAAAGGACCCUGCCAGUUCCGAUACGCUUUUUGAUGGCGAACAACCAACGCUAGAGGAAAUCCGCAGCUGGGGCAAGAGCUUCGACAAGCUGAUGCGAAGUCCGAGCGGGCGGAAGGCGUUCCGGGAAUUCCUCCGGUGCGAAUACAGCGAGGAAAACAUUCUCUUCUGGCUGGCCUGUGAAGAGCUCAAGAAAGAAACCAACCCGGAGGCGAUAGAGGAGAAAGCUAGGUUUAUCUACGAAGAUUAUAUAUCGAUUUUAUCACCGAAAGAGGUGUCGUUAGAUUCCCGAGUGCGGGAAAUAGUUAAUAGGAAUAUGGUGGAACCAACGCCGCACACAUUCGACGAAGCUCAACUACAAAUUUAUACACUUAUGCAUAGAGAUUCGUAUCCGAGAUUUAUAAACUCACCACAAUUCAAAACCCUAGCACAAAUACCGGAGAAUGUAUCGGCGUCUGGUUCCACGGCAGAGAGUCCUAGCAAUUAGUAACGGCGGCGGCGGGUGUAAAAAAUUCCUGGAAAAGGCGAAAGCGGAAGACCAGCGCAGUAUGUCUACAUGAGACGGAUAAUGAAAUACGGCUGAACGCUAAAUGAACCAUAAAGUGAACAACAUAAACAGGAGAUUAUGUAAACAUAUUGAAAAGCAUUAAUCGGAGUUUUUAACAAUAAGCCGCUAGCCCCGGAUGGUGACUAACAUAAUAUGGAUGUGGUAGAGUGGGACGAAGUAGGGUGAACGAAAUGUUAAUCGGACGUGUCGCUAAAACCUAAGGGUAUAGUCAAUAGGAUAAAAUUAUCGCAGAAGUUAAACACAAAAUAAACAAACAAACCAACAAAAAACACAAAAAGGCAAAUAAGAUAAAAUUUUAUACAAAAAUUAUACAACAUGACGAAAAAUGGAUCGAAAUAGUGUUCCCUCCGAAAGGAAUCAAGGGCGGUAAUUAUGGUUAUAUAAUUGAUAAAUUAUAUAAUUCUCGUAAUUCACCGAUCAUUUUAGCGUUACUGUACAAUAUAGAUGGUCGUUAUCAAAAGAAGAACAUAGAGUAAUUGAAUAAAAAACUAAUAAGCUGAAAUGUGACAACCCCUAAACGAAAACAUAUGAAUGAUGUGAAUAUUAAAAGUAUUUCUCUUGAUUUCGUAACUUUAAUUGUUUCAAUUCAACCUCAACAACGACCGUUAAAAUAAAGAGAAAUAAAAUAGAAAUCCACAGAUAAGUUUCGUGUUUUUUGCCAGAGAAAAAUGUAAUACUAGGAUAUGAAAUCAAUUGUCUACAUGUACCAGUAAAGAAAAUAAAAACACAUCAAAUCAAACAUUCUCAAAAAAUUGAAAAAAAACUCAUGCACCCCAAGACUUACACGUUGAAACAAAAUCACCUUCUCGCGGUGCUUUGGUUCACCCACCACCACCCAUCCACAAAAGUUUACUUCAAAAACAACAAGAGAUAAAUAAAUGAAACCAAAUAGAAAAAAAAAAUCAACAACUGUUACAAUAUUUUUACACUGUAUGUGAAACGAUCAGCACAAAGAUUAGCGAGUAAGCGCGCUAAGAUUCGGAGCAAAGUAUCUUUAUCUAUUUCAAAACUAUGCUUAAAUAAACUAAAAGAAAACAGCCCGUAAAUCUAAAGCAAAAAUAUAAAAAGCAAAGCAAAGAAACAAAACAAAAACAAUGCUUUAACGUUCUGUGUUCGAUCGAAACGUUCAAGUAUUUAAAGCAAAUGUUGAAAAGAAGAAAAAAACAACAACAAAUUAUCGUCACAAUUUCUCAUCUUUCUCACACACUCGUAUCGAUAAGCCUAACAAAAAGUUUCAAGCAAAACCAAUAACGCUGAACUUGGCUAAAAGUUCUCGCUUAUUUCUACCGUUGUCUUAUUGUUAAUCGCACCGCGCUAGGUGACUCUCGUAUGAGUGACUCUGUUGAUUGUAUCUGUUGUGUUUCUGAGUAGUCACAUUAUAUUUUGAAAAUCUUUCUUCUCUUCGCCGUUUUUCCACUUCACCAGUAGGAUUGCAAUGCGUUGGUAAGCAACAUGAAGAGAUUUAGGAAAAAAACAAACAAAUCUAGCUCAAUUUUCAAACCCUAUAACAACCACGUUCGAUUUUGUUACGUUUAGUGCGAUAUGGCCUACUUGGAUUUUAUAAGAUUUUUACAAACGAAGCGUUACAUUUCUUGCACAAAAACACAAACAUACACGCAAUUUGGAUUAAACAAACAAAAGAAAAUUAUGAAACAGAUAAAAAGAAACACACAAAACACUUACAAGCGUAAUUGUUAGUAUAUCAAUAAAUUGACAUAUUUACUAAUGAUAAAAGAGAAAAUAGAUAAUGAAGAUGAGGUAUUCUAGUCAGAGGGUAGGUUAAAAUCCGAGAGAAUCGGAACAAAAUGUGAUUGUUUUUAAUAGUUUUUGUGAGAGAGGAAAUGCUUUCGCACUUCUUCUACUGAAUCGGUAAGGUAUCGAGAUGUCCUAGAGAUGGAAUGAUUUUAAUCUCGUUCAUUUAUUUAGUUGUGUUUCCUAGAUUCUAUUCGAGUUAUCACAGUUAUAGUUAUUUAAAGUGAACAAGUGAACUUCGAAUUCGGUUGCCAAAACAUCCUAAAUAAUUAGUCAAAGUUUUGUGUUUGCUUCCUUAAAUCGAUUUUUAAAUCUGAAUCUGAUCUCUGAAUUUGAAUUUUGAAUCGGGAUCUGAAUCUGAUUUCAAGAUGUCUAUUCUGAAUCAGAUUUCUGAUUUUUCUUUUCUAUUUUUUUUAAAGAAUCUCAAUGUUAAUAUUAAUAUCCUAAUGCAUUUCAAAAUUUCUGUUUGUAUUGUCUAAUUUAUUCAACUGUUUGAAUUUAUCAAAAAAUGAAACGAUUUUCAAAUCCAAUUCUUAAAAUAUCGAUUGAAAGGUUAAAAUUUUUCAUUUUGUCUAUUUUUAUUUCCUUUUCCUCAGAAUAAUUUUGAGGUUAUCCAGAUUUGUACAAUCAACAUUAGUAUUUUCAUGAAAUGAUUCUAGACUUGUUAGUAGAUUCCUGAGAUGACUGUAGCAGAAUAUAUUUUCCUACAAAAUCUAAAGAAAUCAGUUCAAUCAAAAUGAAACCAAUCCCCGGCAAAACUUAUUGCCAAGAGCAAAAAAAAAGUUAAUCAAAACCUACAGGCUGAGCAAUCCAAAAAAAAAAAAGAAAAUGGUCAAUAGACAAACUACAAACAAAUCGAAUUGUAACCAGAGCCACAAACAAACCAAACCCAUAAACAGGAACCGAAAUCAUAUUGUUGUUGUCUUUAGUCAGAAAUCUAAAAGUAAGGAAAAAAACAAAAUUAUCUACACAUACGUUUAGGAAAAAUCCACAAAUUUGCAAUAGCAAACAAUAGUCAAGAACCAACAAAAUCAAUAAAUGAUUGAGUUAGUAACUCAAUUCAUGCAUCGAGAGAAAAUAUACACUGGCCCAAUUAUUACCUAUAUAUAAAGAAAGGAAACCCUUCUUUAGGAUAGUCUAAAGAACAAAUAACAUAGCUGAGAAAUUCCUCUUUUUCAAUAGAAAAUUUCAAUUAAAAGUAUAAGAUAAAAGUUACUUACCUUCUGAGAAUGGCGCUCAGAUGUUUUUUGUGAAACAGGUUUUGUAUUUUUCUAUAUUAUCUGAUUCUGGAUCAUUACAACAACAAACAUAAUUUAAAACAAACAAACAUGGAUAAUUGUUUUAUUCCAAGCAUCUAAAAUUUAAACAUAACUUUUUUGCCUCCCGGUUUUUAAUUGAAUAAUGUUUUUACAUCUCGGCUAUUAUUUUUGAGCGCCUACAACUAUCACAUUGCAAUAAACAACAACUGAAAACAGAUUUAAAAUCUAACAAAUACUAACAAUGGCAAACAAAAUUAGUCCAAACAUAUACAGAUUUGAGUGUAUAACUUUCCGUUUUGCGAUUAUUUAAACAACAUAUUCCAACGCUUAAGUUCGUGUGUGAUGAUUGAACAAAAUGCAAAAAUUAUAAACGAACAAUCGAAUCGGUAAAAGAAAAGAGACAAAAAUCACGUAACAACAACACAAAAGCAAACUUUUAUAACAAAUCAAAUCAAGAAACGGAUGUUGAAUGAGCAAAAUAAGUGGAGAAAGCGAGCCCCGGAGCAAAAAAUUGAAAUUACAAUGAUGGCGGAAUGCAACUUUUUUACGAGAUAAAGUUUUACAAAUCAUUAGUUACAAUCGGCUGAUGGUUGAAAAGAACGAUCAGCCUGUCGGAUCAUCCCAAGCUCGGAAGACUAUCGAAUUAAACUUGAAACCAGUAAAAAACACUACCGUUUUCAAGAUUCACGACUAAAAUAAAGCAGAAGCGAGUCAGUUGUUAAAUUAUCUAGUCAGCUAACAUAAUGUGUAAUACAAUGAUCUUCAAUGUUUCCGAAAGUUUUAAGUUCUAGCUUGUAAAUCCUCCACAAAGUCUCAAUAAACAAUUCCCAAGAGAGUAACACUGAUACAAACCGACAGAUUGUUUUUGGUUGAAUUUGUUCGUUCUCUUUUCCCAAGCUGUGUACCUUAAAAUAAGUAAACAAAUAAAUAAAAAUAAACUGGGGACGUAAGAGACAAGGAAGUAGUGUUAGACGGUGUAGUUUAUCUUAAUAUUGUCAUGUUUUUUGUUCGAAGCAAACAAAAAAAUGACGCAACAGAUAGUUGACAAAAAAACCCCAAAAUCGAACACUAGCAGCUACAAGAGAAACAGCCUGUGGAAAAUAAAUAGGAUUCUAUGAUUUUCUUACUUCUAACUUUUAUAUAGUAAUAUAUAUUCACGGAAAACAGAACAACUUAAUUAACAAAAAAAAAAAUAAACAGAAAUAACAGACUUAAGAAUAAGUAAUGAAAAUAAUAAAAUACCGCAAGACAUACACAGUCAACAAACACACACACUCACAAAACUUGUUGUUCAUAUUCGAAUUUCAUAUAAAAGAAAGUAAAAUAUAAAACCGAAAAAGUAAAACGGAAAUAUUUAAAACUGCACCAGGUCAGAGGGCAAAAUCAGAAAACUAAACCAAGCUUUGUCUGAAUGGAACAUGAAAAAAACCUAGCGAAUGAAAACAAUUAAAUUAUCUAAAUUCGAGAAAAAACGAUUAACAAAAUUUUUAAGACCUAAAGAAAAAAAAAUAAACAAAACAGAAAUCAUAAUUAGGAAUGUAUCGAUUUUACUUAUAAUAAAGCAAGCAAAAAAUGUAUGACUAAUAGAGAAAAAAAUCCGAAUAAAUCGUUUUUAUUUAAGUUUAUUGCUGCAAGUGGAAAGGAAUGGUCAAUCUCACCAUGUGGUAUUCGCAAAGAUACAGAAACAAUGAAAAUUAAUAGAUUAACAAACAACAAAACCAAAAAUACAAAAAAAAAAAAAAACAUCAACAGCAAAAGUGACAGCGAAAUAACGACAACAUUGAUGAGCCAAAGAUGAAUGGUUUAUCGCAACCAACGCAGAUCAGAAAAGUGUUAUAGGAAACCAAAAAUAAAAUGCAACAAAAAAAAAACAAACAAAUCGUAAACAACAACAGAAACUAUACCACACAUACACACAAACACACUUUUAUCAAACAACAAAA